GGUGCUGAGAAAAUAGACUCUUCCAUCUGUCUGAAAACCCGCCCUGGAGACUCAGCCUGCUGUCACAUGACCAGGACGAGCCCUUAAAAACCCCCAAACCACACGCCUGAGAGGCUUCUGUGUUCAGACGGCAGCUGGUCUCUGUGUUCAUCCUCGGCCUUCAACAGUCAUGUCUGACACCGAGGAGAUUGUGGAGGAGUACGAGCAGGAGGAGGAAGAGGAGGAGGUUCAAGAAGAGGUAGAAGAAGUAGAGGAAGAAGAGGAGAAGGUUCAAGAGGAGGUAGAAGAAGAAGAAGAAGAGGAGGUAGAAGAAGAAGAAGAGGAUGAGAAGGAGGAAAAUGAGCAGGAAGAGGAGUCCAAACCAAAACAUAAGACGACUUAUGUCCCAAACAUCGCUCCUCCAAAACUCCCUGAUGGCGAGAAGGUGGAUUUUGACGACCUGCACCGCAAGAGAGUGGAGAAGGACUUCAACGACCUCCAGUCCCUGAUCGAGUCCCACUUCUCCACCCGCCAGAAGGAGGAGGAAGAGCUGGUGGCCUUGAGGAGCCGCAUCGAACGCCGCAGAUCAGACAGAGCCGAGCAGCAGCGCGUUCGAUCCGAGCAGGACCGCGAACGCCAAGCACGCCUUGCCGAGGAGAAAGCGAAGCGCGAAGAGGAGGCCGCCAAGCUCCGUGCCGAUGAAGAGGCGAAGAAGAAGAUGAUAUUCUCCAACAAGUCUUUCGGUGGCUACCUCCAGAAGGUGGACCAGAAGAAGGGCAAGAAGCUGACGGCGCGCGAGGAGAAGAAGAAGGCCCUGAUGGAGCGCAAGAAGCCGCUCAACAUCGACCACCUGAACCAGGAGAAGCUGGUGGAGAAGGCUCAGGAUCUGCUGCAGUGGCUGAAACAGCUGCACGCCGAGAAGUUUGACCUCGGCGAGAAGCUCAAGAGGCAGAAGUAUGAAAUCAGCGUGCUCAGGAACCGAGUCAGCGACCACCAGAGGGGAUCCAAAGCAUCCAAGACCUCCAGGGGAGCCAAGGGGAAGUCCGGCUCCUGGAAGUGAGCGCCACUUUGUAUUUUCUACGGACUAUUAGGCUCCUGUUCACGACCGUCUGAUGAAAGCUCUCUGAUGGAUUGUGUGUGGAUGAGGGGCGGCUCCAUGUUUGGACUCGAGUUAAUCAAGUGAAGGUCAUGAAAUCUAUAAAGGUCUGACUGAACUCAUGUAGCUGCUGGUACUCUCAGGUGUAUCUGUUCGUCACAAGCCGGCAUUAAAUCUGACAAAAUGUGUGGUUGUGUUUAUUUACGACUUUGAUAAAACACUCUGUGUGGUUCUUUGUGAUUCAU